GGCGCUGAGGUCACGUGAUCGCCUCCUUUGAUGACGCAGACGGCGGGAGUUCAGCAGACAAGUAAACAUUCAGUCCAUCAUUAAUGAGCAGGAACAAUGAGAAGCGGUUCUGAUAAAGCUCUUACUCUGUGAACUUUCUGCGCGAUCCUGAUCACCGGAACACGCAGGGAGAUCUGGAUGUGAACUCGGUACGGUGAUUACACACUGUGCACUUCCACACUGAGGGGUAGGGUUUCUUUCAUGUCUCCUGAUUCAGCUGUGAAGCGGAUGUAGCAAAGUGAAUUCUUCACCAGGGAUCUUCUGCAAACAUCUCCAGUCUGUUAAUGGUAGAGGAUGAUACAGCGUCAGAUCACCUGAGUAAUUUAUUUUCAAACCCGUCUCAUCCUGUCCUGUCCACAGGUGUGAUGCAGGCAGUGGAGGAAGCGGAGUCCUCGCUCUCAGACAGAGUGGAGGUGAUGGCUGUAAAGGAUCAAGAGGACAAAUCCACAGAAGGGGACACACACAAAGUUAAUGAAGAGGCAGCUAAAACCGAGGACGCGACAGAGGACGUAAAGGAUGAGGAGAAAGACAAAGAGUUUAUGGAAACAGACAACCAGAAAGAGGGAACAAAGGAGGAUAAAGACAUGACCAAUGGAGGCAAGAGCCAGCAGGAGGUAGACGAUUGGGAAAUCACAUACAGCGAUGAGGAGCUGCAGGACCCUAAAAACUGGAUGCCUCCGCCUGAGGAGAUCAAGCGCCUGUAUGAGCUGCUGGCUAAAGGAGAAAUGCUGGAGCUGAAGUGGAUCCCUCUGCCUCGAAGACCUCCAACUCCACCACGCACUCCUUCUCCUGAGAGAGAUGGAGAGGACUCGGACUCGGACAAACAGGAGGAGAGUGAGCGCAGGCCUCCUUCACCCACUGAGUUCGAUUUUGAUGAAGAACAAACAAUGACUCCCAAGAACGCUUUCCUUAGCCGGCGCAGAACACCAGGCUCCUCCACUCGUUCCACAGUGAAGCGAACAGCUCAGCUGGACAAAGUGCUCUCAGAUAUGAAGCGUCACCAAAAGCUUGAGGAGCAGAUCCUCAGGACGGGUCGCGACCUUUUUAAAAGCGAAAAGUCCAAACAGGAGCGCUCGUCUCCCAGCAGUCAGCGGGACAGAGACAAGGAGAGAGAGCGAGACAGCGAUCCCAGCACCAUCUUCAGCCCCCGACAAAGGAGAUACUGAAGGAAUGGGGACACGUUUGGGUUACACACCGAUUUCGGGCCUAUGAUCCACUUCAUUUUUAAGAACAGAUGAUAAAAUGCUUCUUUGUUUAUUUUGAGCAUGUUUGAGUUGUUUCUUUUUUACAAUCAAGUUUAGACAUGUGUGAUUUGAGUGACUGUGUUAACGUGACAUGUAUGCAAGAGUUCUCGGGUUGAAUAAAUGUAUGAUGUUGGA